UUUCUCUUCCGGCCAGAUGGAUGAAUAGAUGAAUAACGGCCAGACCCCAAAGCCAAAACCGGAUGGAGCACCGCCCCUUUGCCAAGUCCUCGGGGAUCGCAAUUUACAUAACUCUGUCCCUCCAUGCACAACAACCCUGUCCUGGUCUCGGUGGCAGUCUCUUUCUCUUUUGGUCGAGAUAUCCACUUGACCGUUCUUCAUUGGACUGCAGAAGCGAAUUGGUAGGAUUUAUAGUUGGAGAGAUGAAGUGUUUACGAGGUUCCAGGUUGGACGGUUCAUUCGCCCGAUUUGACAGCAGAACAACACCAGACUCUGUGGACGGAUACCCAAAGAGAGAGCCCUGGAUUGGGUACUAGAGGUUGUUGAGGCCCGUUUGAGUGUCGGGGCUUCACUUGGGGAGGACAUGGAAGAAUGAUAGGGUUGGUGAGGAAACAGGGAAGAGAAUUCUUUCCAUUAGCUGGUCAUUACGUAGGGGGGGGUAUUUUCCAGGAUUAUUUGAUAUUAAGUGGUUUCACUGGGCGUGACCAACAAAGAGGCAAAAUUGGAUUGACAGAUUGAACAAUAUUGAGAAAUAGGAUGGAAAAAUCUGAAUCAUCACAGGAAGCAAAAAAAGGAGGGUCCCAGAAUGAGGCAGUGCAAAGCGGGAAUGACGAGUGAGGUUGCAGCAUCCCCGAGCUCUGCAGGUCCCAGCUCCAUGUC